AGGCCCUCGAGGCUUGGGCCCGCGCGCGUGCGCGCGCGCCGCCGCGGUGCGGCGGCGCAGGGCCGCGCCGCCAUGGCUGUCGCGAACCCGGGGCGCAUGAGGCUGAAUGUGUCGCAGCGCUUCCUGCAGACGCCAGAGGGCCGGCUGUACGCCGCGGCGAAGGAGGGCGACGAGGAGGGCGUGGCGGCCGCGUGUGCCGAGGGCGCGAGGCUCGACGUGCCCCAUCCCGAGUUCGGCUCGCAGCCCCUGCUCAUCGCCACCCUCAACGGCCACACCGAAUGCGUGCACUAUCUCCUGGAGGAGCGGGCGGAGAUUGAGCAGAGGAACAAGUUUGGGUGGACGCCGUUGUUGGCAGCGAGCUCCAAGGGAAACCUCCUGCUAGCGGGCUACCUCAUUGGUCGCAGCGCCGACAUCCAUUCUCAGGACAAGCUGGGACGCACGCCGCUGCACAACGCGGUGGCGGCGGGUUGCGACGACCUUGCCAAGGGCCUACUCGAGGAGAAGGCCGACGCGCGUGCGAAGACCAAGGACGGGAGAACGGUCCUAUCCAUCGAGCUCGGCCGGCCACAGAGGAAGGACAAGGACCUCGAGAACAUUCUCACGAACCUGAUGGGGCUGCCCUUCCCCAAGGAUUACGUGAAGACUGGGGCGCUGGAAUAGCGGCACCUCCGGCGCGGCGGCUACUUGUUCCCCCCUUGUGCGACAUGGAAUUCCGCUGUUGGCCCCUCCACCCCCCGUGAGUAAAACCAUGUUCGACCCAACAUUUGUUUCGGGUGUGACGUUCUGCUCACUGGUCAGCUGCCGCGGCACUUGGGCGCUGCGGGCCUUACACACCAGCUGAGUUCCAACUAGGGCUCCGAACAGCUGGCCUAUGGCGACCUCGAAGCCCCACUUGCCCAUCCGCAGAAUAUGCCUUUGGGGGAGUUGCGCUUCGCAUAGGCAGAUCGAGGGCCACAUCAAAGCUAUAAUAUGCCUUGUAGUCUCCCCUGCGAACAUCUGUUCGUAGGGUCCCAGAGCGGUUCGUUCCACAACUCGGUGGUCGCGCUUCCCUCUGUAUCCAGAGAAAUUCAGUGUCGCCUGGAGGUCCUUGCUCCUCUCCAUGGAGAUGCCACAGGGCGCCUCAUCUGAUUUGCCCAACUUGCCCUCCAUGAGCACGGCCACAUUCUAUAAAGGAAGAC